GUCUGCUCCCGGCCACUCGUGUAUGUACCUCCUGCCAUCGCCUUUCGAAUCCACCCCACAGGUCUCCUCGUCCAUCGCAAACCUAGUCAAAUCCGCGCCUCUCGUGUGAUUGCCCAACUCCCUGCAACUUCUCCAGACCAACCCACCAAUCACACAAGUCCUUCGAACCUUACCCCAGACACACUUGACAACAUGGGCAUGAGCUACCGUCGUUACCUCUCUGGUGCUCGCAUCUACGGGUGCUGCAAGUGCAGGACACACCUUGCCACUAUUCACUCCAUGAUCUCCCGAGCAUUCAACGGGCAGCAUGGACGGGCAUAUCUCUUUGACGGAGUUGUCAACGUAAUCGAGGGUGAACCCAACGACCGGCAGAUGACCACUGGGAAUCACACCGUGCGCGACAUCUACUGCGUGAAAUGCGGACAAACGCUCGGCUGGAAAUACGACUACGCGUACGAGCCCUCGCAGAAGUACAAAGAGGGGAAGUUCAUCCUUGAGCGCAACCUGCUCGUGGACGUGCAAUGAUGGGCUCCAUCCAUGGCCCGCAUGCCGUUAACGCCCUUUCACCGCACGCGACGGGCUGGACGCUGGCCACCUGUACACCCGGACAGGUGGACGUUUUACGUCCUGCCCGUCGUGCUUGCGGGGCGUUCGGCAUCCCCCCGUCUUCCGGUCAACACACGAUCUUGGUCCCUCUACCUCCCCCCUUCCAGCUCUCCCUCGUCGACCCCACCGCACUCCCGUCCACCCUCGCCUUGAUCGCCACCACGCAUUCACCCAUUGCAGCCGCCCCCGGUUGCCCCCGCACGGCGCCACAACCCGCCCAUUUGUCGCACAAGCUCACGUCUGAGGACGCACCCCGCCUCCAUUGUAUGACGUCGAUGCGCGUCUCGUGGGGAUGUAUACCAAGCCGGAGCCCAGAACCCCUGCGGUCUCCUGUAUAUAGCCUGCCCGCCCCCACCACCCGCUAGAUAACGGCUCUCCGCAGCCCGCGGUCGUCCGUGCUCCGUUCGCUCCUCGAUCGCGGUUCGCGAGGCGUUAUACUUGGACGACGCCCCCCUCUAACCGCCAUAGAGUCCGUCCAUCCCUCCCCCUCCCUCCUCUUGCCCCUCUUCUCUAUGUACCAUGACACACCCACCCCUGUCCUCCGCGCCACGGUGCGCCUGUACGUACCUUACUAUAUGCCGUCGACGCUGCUUCUCGAUCGACGCGCUCGUACGUACGUCCGUCCGCACCGGGCUUGGACGCGCCCCGCCCCGUUUUCCGUGCUUUCCCCUUUCUUAUUCCGCAGGAUGUAGGUUAACGUAUAUAUAUCGCCCACGGAGAGCCGCAGUUUAUAGACCGAUGUAUGUACAUUUCACGGAGAAUCCCAUACCAGAUACAUAGUU